CGUCGAAGUGAAGUGGUGGCAGUGCCUGGUACGAUACGCCAGCGCCAAGUGAGUGUUCUGUCUAAGUGGAGCGAACGAAGACCCCGUAAUACUGCAAUUGGCCACGACACUAAGGCUACAGUAUGCAUCCAGAACUUUUGA